GAAGCGGAAGCGGAAGCGCGGCGCUGGCUGGGCGUCUGGCGGUGCACGUGGCCGGCUGCGCGCCCCGAGUCGCCCCGAUGGGCCGAGCGCGCCCCAGGCGCAACUGGAAGGCCCGCCGCCCGGAGAGCCGCGGCCCGCGGGGCGCCCCGGAGCCCGUGCAGCUGGAGCUGGGCGGUGAGUCGGCCUCCCCCCGCCCCAUCCCCGGGAGGCGCGCCGGGCGCCUUCCGCACAUAGGCUUAGGCGCCAGGCAAAGCGUCCCUCCUCUCCCGGGCCUUGGGCUGCUCAAGAAGUCUGGCCUUUUGAAGCAGCCUUUCUCCCCCUCGGGUCCCCAACUCCCAGCCUCCCCGACCGCGAGCCCUGCUAGCUGGGGAUGGUGCGGGGCUGGUGUUGUUUUGUACUGGUACUGUGGUGUAUAUGUUUGUGUUUUUGUAUUGUAAACCACCCUGUGAUCCUCGGGUGCUUAGAAAUGCAAUAAAUUAUUAUUAAUAAUACAGUGGUACCUCUGGUUACAUACUUAAUUCGUCCCGGAGGUCUGUUCUUAACCUGAAGCACCACUUUAGCCUAUGGGGGCUCCUGCUGCCGCCGCGCCACCGGAGCACGAUUUCUGUUCUCAUCCUGAAGCAAAGUUCUUAACCCGAGGUACUAUUUCUGGGUUAGUGGAGUCUGUAACCUGAAGCGUAUGUAACCUGAGGCGUAUGUAACCCGAGGUACCACUGUAAUCACCCCUGACCACUGGCCCUGCAGGUUGGGGUGGCAGGAGCUGCGGCCAAGCCCCAGCUGACCGGACUAGGGUGUCAUGAAAUUUAAGGGGGCCUUUAAGAACUUGCCUCUAAGAGUCCACAAACACCAUCUGGUAUCCAAGGGUAGCUUACAUUGUUUUUAUUUUAUCUAGUUGUCAUAGCUAAUCACUGCUGAUAGCCUUUAUCCCCCUCUGAUGAAUUUGUCUAAACUAGUGGCCCUCCUUGCUUCUUGCAGCAAUGAGUUCUGUAAGUAGAAUACACAUUUCUUAUGGGCUGCUGAGAGACCAGCUCACUUUGACUGAAUAACUUGAAGUUGCUUCUUUCCCUCCACCUCCUUCUCCGUCUAUUUCCCCCCCUCUUUUGUCAUGGCAUUUAUUCUGUAAGCUUGCAGGAGAGAGUGCUAUUUUACCCGGGUCUCUUCUUUUGGGCUUACCAUAGGUUGGACACGGAGAAAAUGAUGCUGGACUAGGUGGGCUGUGGACAUGAUCCAGCGGGGCUCUAAUUAUGUUCUCAUGAGAGUCCAUAGUUGGGGUAGGCUCAUAGCUCAGUGUUAUGCAGAUGGUCCCAGGUCUAGUCCCUUGCAUCUCCAGGUAGGUUUGGGAAAGAUCCCUGUCUGAAAUGCUGAAGAGUCGCUGCCAGUCAGUUCAGACAAUACUGAGCUGGAUCUUGGACACAGCAUCCUGUUAGGGUUCCUGUGAGUUGGUGUCAUUCACUCUGGGAGUCCUUUUGCCUGAAGAGUGGUGUAAAAAGGCUUUGGGGUGGUGAGGAAAGGGUAGGUUAUAAAUAUGAUGAAUAAAAAUUAUCCUUCUCUCCCUUGGAUGCUCUGAUCACGUUCUGUGCAUAUGUCCACUUUCCCAAGACACUUAUACGCUGCCCUGCUGUGUCCAUGUGAACGGUACAUGGAUCAGUUGCAAGUUUCCAUGAAGAGGUCAGAAGUAAGUGGUGUGAUGCUGCUUGUCAGCCUGGGAAGGUAGCCCAUCUAGGAGAAGGAAAGCUCUGAUCCUAAACCUCCACUGCCUUGAGGGAUUUCUUCAGGAGAAGGAAAGGCUAAGGAGCAAACCCUACACAAAUCCAGAGUGGAGUCCCUAAGACAGUUGGAUGGUGCCUUGUACGCUUCCUUCCGGCAACUCCUGCAGCCAAGCUGGUGUCAAACAUCUUGCUCUGCUUUUCUUUGGACCACAUCAGUGAGGCUGAGGGGGGGUCCUGUCGUCUGGGCAGCCGAGGACCACCAUACACACUGCUAAGGCUUGUGUCCCAGAGAGGUCACUUGGGGUGACCUCUAAUACAACAGUUUGACUUCACCCCCAGAGGAGUACCCCAUUGUUUAUCGAGACAGACAGAUGCCAACAAUGGAUGCUGCCUUUAAACACUGCAGUCCUACACACAGUUAUAUCAGAGUAUCAGAGGCAUUACGCUUCUGUGUACCAGUUGCUGAAAACUACAAGAGGGGAGAGUGGUGUUGUGCUCAGGUCCUGCUUGUGUGCUUCCUGCAGUAAUCUGGCUGGUCACUGUGAGAAAAUACUGGACUAGAUGGACCACUGACCUGAUCCAGGAGGCUGUCCUGGUGUUCUUACGUCACUAAGCUGAACAGGGCUCACACUGGAGCAAACGUGCAGAAGAUUGUGCUGAAAAUACUUCAAGCUGGGAUGGGGAACAUGUGUCCCACCAGAUGCUGCAGUCCCAGCAACGUCUGAAAGGCCACAGGUCCCCCACUCCCCGUUUAAAUAUUGUGGUGACCAAAACAAGCCCUUCUUUCUGUUGUUCCAGAUGAAGCCAUUUCAAAAGGGGUGGAUGAGUGUAACGCCCUGGUCCUCCCAUCACAGAAAACCAAGGAUAAAAAAGUAACUUCUGAAAAGGCCCCAGAAAAGAAGCCGCUGACCAAGAAGCAGAAGAAAAUCCUGCAGAAGGUUUUGGAACAGAAAGCAAAGAAGGAAAAGGUAUGUUUUGGAGUGUGGAGGCCAAGAGAACACCAAGGAGACAUGUGGUCCGUGGCAUCCUUGGGGAGGGCUGGGAGUAUCCGCUGUCUGAAACCCAGGAGAGCUCCUGCCAGUCAGUGUAAACAAUAUUGAGAUAGAUGGACCAGCGGUUUUAGGAUCACACAACAUAAAAGAAAAAUAGGAUAAGGCAGGAAAAGGAAUUCAAGCAAACACUGGUAUUGGUUCUGAAAGAUGCAAUUUUUUAAAUAAUGCCCUACUAGAAUGUAAGCAGUUCUGGGAGAGGAGGAACCCAAUGGAGCUGGCAUCUCAAUUGAGCCCCUCUGCCCGUCUCUCCCUCUGGUCCACUUUUUGCAGGGUGAGGGAAGUUCUGUGGCAUCACAGCAUAUACAAGGCACUCUUCAUUUUGCUUCUCACUGUAUUUGAACUGUUAGGAAAAUCUUACACACCACCCAGUAUUAGCGAGGCCUGUAUUCACACCAUACAUUUGAAGCAUAUGAUACCGCUUGGCUUUCCCCAAAGAAUCUGGGGAGCUGUAGUUUUUUAAGAGUGCUGAGAGUUGUUAGAAGACCUUCUUCCCAUCUCAGAGCUACAAUUCCUAGAGUGCCCUGGGAAGAGGAGUUAACUCUCCUCUUCCAUUUUUGAGAACUGUAGCUCUAUGCAGGGGGGUCUCCUAGCAACUCUCAGUGCCCUUAACAAAUUACAGCUCCCACAAUUCUCUGGGGGAAGCCAUCACUGUUUAAAGUGCUAUCCUAGUGUAAACGCCUCCUAGGGCAGACUUGCUUCAUACAACUCUUUCUAAUCCUAGCGAGCGGAGUUGCUGAGAAAGCUGAGCGAAGUCCAGGCUUCCGAGGCCGAGAUGAAGAUGUUUUAUACCACGUCCAAAAUAGGAACAGGGGACCGGAUGUACCAGCCUAAACGGUAAGUUCUGGGUACGUCCAGCUUGUUGCUCUUGUUGCAGUGUGGACAUACUCUUCCCUUCUUUGGCCUUUUUGUGAUUCGCAGCAGGUGUGGGGCGUUCUCCCCGUGUAGCUUCCCUUGAGAUCUCCAGCUUUCAGAGUGCAUCUUCUUAGCUGGUGUCUCUGGUUCUGUAAAGCAGGAUGGGCAGCCUGUAGCCCAGGGGCUGAAUGCAGUCCCUGCCUCGUUCCAUAUGGCCCUCCAAAUGCUGCAGAGAGCCGGAGGGGUGGGGAACAGAGAGAGAAAGUGAGGGAUGGGCAAGGUGGAGAGAGAUGGGGACACACACAGAGAGAGAAGGACAGAAAGAGACGGGUGAAGUGAGAAAGAGUAUGUGUAUGAGAGAGAGAUGGCACAGAGGGUGUGAAUAAGAGAGGGGGGACUAGAGAACGAGUGAGAGAAACAGACAGGGUGGCAAAGAAAGUGAGUGAUGGAGUGGCAGAGAGAGAGAGCAUUCUGCAAUGCUGCAGACUUCACCCCCUUCUUGCUCCAAUUUCAUCCACAUUUGGCUUUGGCUUGUGGCCCCUGACAGAAAAAUAGUUCCUUAUCCCUGCUGUGUUGCAUCUGAGGAUCUUAGAUGUGCCUUGGGGUGGACUUGUCUCGUGUGUCAAUGUGACAUGGGUGUUUCAGGGCAAUCCAAGAAGUGAGCGCCUCUCAUCCAGAAAAAAUUAAAAGCGUUGGUGGUGCAAACAGAAAAAGAUGCAGACCUGAACUGGAGUCUGAAGAGGAGUCUGAGAUUUCCUCAGAGGAAGAGGAGGAAGAAAAGGAGCCACAAGAGCAGACAGAAAAGGCAGCCCCAGAGGUUCCUAGCACUAUCCUGCUGCCUGAGGAGCCAAAGAGAGCCAUUGCAUCUCCACCCAGCACACCGAAGCAACAUUUUCAUGCUCCCAAGCCAUCAUUGGGGCCUACUGUGUUCAUCCCAGUGGACAGAUCCCCCGAGAUUCAGGUCAGUUUUGAAUGCCAACAAGCUAAAAAUGCACCCUGUUGCAUCACAAGCAGCAGCAGCAGCAACAACAACAGUGGGUCACCCAUGUGAGAUUCAUGACACUUUUCUCUGCAGAAGUGCAUGCAGAUUCCACGUACAAAAUGCCUUUUAGUAUUUGUGUUAACAAUAAACUGGGGAUGUUUUGAGACGUGGAAUCUUUUGAUGUAAUUGUUCUUGGGCACAUGAUAUUUGUGACCUUAGAGCUGAACAGAUGCUGAAGAGGAAGUCAAAAUCUGGACCUAAAGAUUUAUUUAUUUAGUGCAGGUGCCCUCCAAAGUGUUGUUGGACUCCAGCUCCCAUCAGCCCCAGUCAGCAUGGAUAGUUAGCUGGAAAGAUGGGAAAUCGUAGUCAACACGAUCUGGAAGGCACCAAUGUGCAGAUAUAUCCUGUCAUUCAUCCAUCAUGAAGCUCAGGGUUGUGGGCAUUGGGUUGCCAAACUGUCUCCCAUCCAGGCACUAACCAGACUAGGCCCUGCUUAGCUUUAUCAAGGUGUCUACAUCACGUGCCCUCAGACUUGCCCAUCUCACCAUUCAGUAUGGUGAGGGAAAUUUUUCAACUUCUGCAUAUGGAUGUGAGGUGAAAUUCUCCUCAUUACAUGGUCAGACAAUGCUGAAGAUCAGCUUGCCAAGUGGUUAUGCCCACCCUCUCAGAAUGGCAUGCCCAUCUUUGGCCUCUUAAAUUUCUUGACACAGAGAGGAGAAUUUCCCCCUUCACACUUGAACCCCUGGCAGAGAUCUAGAGAAACAGGAAAGCAGUUAAAAAAAAAGAAGCCUCUCUGAAGGAUGGGACAGGCAGCUGCUUCACCAAGUGGUUAUGAUUAUUGUUUAUUUCAUUUAAUAUAUGUCUCCCACUUUUCACCAUGGAAGCUUGCCACUUGUGUAUCCUUUGGUAACACUCUGCCAAGUAAUGAGGUGAAUUUUACCUCAGAUUUAUGCACUUACCUAAUGUCAGAAAUCUGACAUUACCCACGGUAGUGUUUAAAAUUAUUGGGCAUGGCAAAAAAACUAGAUUACUGGUUUCCUUAGAGGAUUAAAUUCUCAUUGCAGUAAGCUACUGCUUGUAUAUUGAUUUGUAGGGCUGCAACCCUAAACACACUAACUGAUUAUUAAACACAGUGGGACAUACAUCUGUGUAAACAUGCAGAGGACUGCACCCUAAACUCACACCACUGGAAGUUACUUUAAAUUAAUUGUUUGAUGCCAUUUUAAUUCAUUUUAGAUCAGUAAUUUGACCCUUUGCCUAUGUAAAGAUGUAACUUUGCUUUGAAAGGAAGCCAGGCUGAAGCUCCCAAUCCUUGCCGAAGAACAAGUCAUAAUGGAAGCCAUCAAUGAGAACUCUAUUGUUAUCAUAUGUGGAGAAACUGGUAGUGGGAAGACCACGCAAGUCCCUCAAUUUCUCUACGAAGCAGGAUAUGCCAGGUAUUACACCUUUUAAAAAAACACCACUUAUUUUAUGCCAAGAGGAAAAAAUAUCAGUGUUCCUAGAUUUUGGUGCUUUGACAAGUUGCCUUCUCCUUCGCCAUGGAGUUCCCUCCAAAAACAAUAAUUGUACUCUGAGAGUGAUUGGCUGAGCUGGUGUGAUGGCACAGAAUCUUCAGUUGUUCAGGGGGAGCUAGUAAACCCGUUUGUAGCCCAGCUUCUGUGCUGGAAAAGAAAGUUGUCUGUUAGGUUGGGAUUAUAAUCUUGCCCACAGGAAGAUUGCAAACUAGAAGGAGGUCCCAGGAUGCAGGACAUCUGAGCAGCAAGGAGCCCAGAGCAAGGGUGAUAAGUAGGCCAUGCCAUGGGAAAGAGGGAAGGGAGAGAAGGGCGUGCGGAGAGUGAGGCUGAAGGAAACGUGUGAAGCAGAUGAGCAAGUGAAGGGACCAAGCAGAGAAGGGGCUCUGAAGGUUUAUAGCACUUGAAGACAGGAGAGGCUGUAUGCUUUGGAAGGGAAACAGGAAUGCUAGGAGAUUCCAGAAAUGGCUGCUCCUGCAUGCAGAAGGUCGCAGGUUCAAUCCCUGGCACCUCCUGGUAGGUCUUAGAGAGAACCCAGCCUGAAAUCCUUUAGAGCUGCUGCCAGUCAGUGUAGACAUCAGUGGACCUUUCUUAAACAUAAGGCCGCUUCUUAUGUUUUCUUUGCUCAGGAAGCAGACUGGUUUAACCUGUUGCCCUGGGACUGCAGGGAUUAAGGGAGGCACACUCUGGUCCAGGCUCCCAGGAACAGCAUCAUGGCAAGGGCGAGUGGCGCAGCCAGCGAAGGAGCAGAUGCCACAACACUUGCUCUUGUCUUCUCUCCCCAUUCCUUUUCUCUUGUAUUGUGCCUCUUGGAUGUUGAGUCUGGACAGGGACUGUCUUACCUUUAAAUAUAUGUAUGUCACUAUGAAGAUUUCAGUUGCUUUUAUAAAUGACCUGGGGCAAAAUAAGCCUGGAAAGCAGGGAGCAGAGGAAAUAAUAUCUGGUGGGGUCAUGCAAUUAGAAAGAAGGGGAGAAGCCAAAGAGAAAAGAAGGCUGGGGCUGUGCACUGGAAGCAGAAAGGAACUGCGCAGGCAAAGGGUGGCAGAGGGGCAUGGUCCAGGGCAAGAAAGCAGAGCAUCGCUGUGCCUAGACAGCCUGGCCUAACCCAGUGCCCACCAGAUGGUGGUGGAUGACAGCACCCAUCAUCCCUGACCGUUAGCCGCACUGGCUAGAGCUGAUGGGGGUUGUAGUCCAGCAGCAUCAGGCUGGGCAAAGGCUGGUAUUGGAGAGUGGAACUCAUCAGUAGCGGCUUCUACUUUUAGCAUUGUGACCUACCAACAUUUUUGUGCGUUAGUGAGAGUCAGAGUGUGACAGCUGUGAGGGUAAAUCUCAAACAUUAAUUUGCACUAGUCAGCCAGCAGUUGUUGCUGUUUUAUUUCUAUCCCAGCCUUCCUCCAAGAAUCUCAAGGUGACAAUUACAUGCCUCUCCCCCUCAUUGUUUUGUCCUUGCAACAACCUUGUGAGGUAGGUUAGGCUAAGAGACGUUGAUUGGCUGAAGAUCACCCUGUGAACUUCAUGGCCAAGUGGGGAUUUGAACCCUUGUCUCCCAGGUCCUAGCCUGAUACUAACCACUGCACCAUGCUUUGGGUUCAGGCUAUUAGUAAGAUAAAAUAUAGUUCUUCCCUUGGGUUCUUCUCAGUUCUAUGUAGAACUGAAGGAACAGGGGUUGUGUUGCAACAUGAUCUUCUCUCUCCCCCCCUCCAAAUUCCUUUUUUCUUUCCUUGCUGACAAUAAUCUUUCGUUCACUGCUCUUGUAGCCAUGGCGGCAUCAUCGGAAUCACAGAACCACGGCGUGUGGCUGCAAUUUCUAUGUCCCAGCGUGUUGCAAAGGAGAUGAACUUAUCACAUAGGUAAGCGUACUUGCACAAACUCCAGAAAGUGUCCUUUAGAUCAGCCUUCUCUCCAAGUGCUUUGGCCUACCAACUCCCCUUGGCCCCAGCCAAGGUCUGUGCCUUCAGCCAAGUGAUGUUUGGGGGAAGCCUCUGCUUCAGAUGACAUCAGAAAAGGUGUUGAGAAACCGGGAACAAAUGUUGGCCAGCCCACUGUUGGGACGUGUUCAGAACUCAGGAAAGUGAGCUGUCACAAGGUGGAGCUGCUCAUUCACUGCAUCCCACUUCUGAUUAUUCCCCUGCUCCUUGACCAAGUAAUAAAGUCACCCCAUAUCCUGACAUCAAUCACUCUGCAUGUUCCCCCUUCUCCACUGCAUGUCAUUGGCUGGUAGAGUUGGGACAUUGUGAGCAACAUGGGGCAAGUGUCAGUAUGCCUACCAGAGUACAGAGGUGCUGUCCUGUGUGAGAUUUGUCGCCACCAGCGGGUGUUUUUACUGGGAUGGUUUUUCUCAGGGCAGACCCCAGCCAUUUAGGAGUCAGGGUCUGAGCAUGCAUAAUAGGUGCUUUGACAGUAACAGCUGUUCAGCAGUGGAACAGACUCCAUCAGAAGGAAGUGGAGUCUACGUACUUCACUGGAGGUUUUUAAGCAGAGGUUGGAUGGUCAUCUAUCAUUAUGCUUUUGCUGAGAUUCCUGCAUUGCAGGGGGUUGGACUAGAGGACCCUUGGGGUCCCUGCCAACUCUACAAGUCUAUGACUGUGUGUGGUUCUAGAGCAGGGGUCAGCCACCUUUUUCAGCCGUGAGCCGGGCCACCAUCCCUCAGACCUUGUGGGGGACAACUAUAUUUUGGAAAAAAAAUACGAAUCAAUUCCUAUGCCCCACAAAUAGCCAAGAGAUGCAUUUUAAAUAAAAGGACACAUUCUACUCAUGUAAAAACAUGCUGAUUCCGUGGGCCGGAUUGAGAAUGCAUUUGGGCCGCAUCUGGCCCACGGGCCUUAGGUUGCCUACCCCUGUUCUAGAGUGCUGGUUUGUUUGAUGUUGGGUUGAUCCCAGAGUUCCUUUCAUCCUCUAUCCUCAGGGUGAUUUCAUACCAAAUCCGUUACGAAGGAAAUGUGACAGAUGACACCAAAAUCAAAUUCAUGACAGAUGGUGUGUUGUUGAAGGAAAUCCAGAAGGUAUGGUGGUGGUUCUUCCUUUCAGAAACGAAAUGCAGCUGUGCCUAUGUAAUGCUACUUCUUAACAUGUUGACAUACUUUUGAUGCAGCCAGUUCCCAACCUGCUGCCCUCCAGACUUUCAUUACUCUGGCCAUUUGCCAUGCUUACUGAGGCUGAUGGGAGUUGGAGUCCAAAAGAUGUGGAAGGCACCAGGCUGGGUUUAGGGUGACUAAGAGAUAGCUCAGGAUGGAGCUGAACUGGAUGGGUUGUCAUUGACUGAGUCACUAGGCAACAUUCCCCCCCCCUGCAAAAAAACAACCAGAAUUCAGAUUCAGGAAUGAGAGAAGGGUUUUGCACUUCCUUGUGAGGUCCUCAGAACCAUGUUCAGUUUAAAGAAGUGGCUUAGGGGCAUCUUCUUCGGGCUUCUAGAUGUUUUUGAUUGCCACUCCCAUCAGCCCAGCCUGCUUAGACCCACAUGCAGGUUUUGAGCCACAAAUUCCCCCUUAAAGAUCAAAUCAGUUGAUAAGUCUGGUUGAAUUUUGAUGUGUGGUUGUGGUAUUCCUCAUACACCCACCCACCCUUUUGGUCUUCCCAGGAUUUCUUGUUGUCCAAGUACCGGGUCAUUAUUCUCGAUGAAGCUCAUGAAAGAAGCAUCUAUACGGAUAUCCUGAUUGGUCUUUUAUCACGCAUUGUGCCACUCAGAGCCAAGGUAAGGAGGGAAAGGGUGGUUACGUAUCAAUAGCAUUCUAACAUUUGAUUAUUUUGGUUUUUACAAAUACAGUCAUACCUCGGUUUACAGACGCUUCAGGUUGCGUGUUUUCAGGUUGCGCACUGCGCCAAACCCAGAAGUACCGGAAUGGGUUACUUCUGGGUUUCGGCGCUCGCACAUGCGCUGAGGAGCCGAAUUGUGACCCACACGUGCGCAGAAGCGGUGCUGCGGGUUGCAAAUGUGCCUCUCGCACGGAUCACGUUCACAACCCAAGGGACCACUGUAAUCAUAUGUGCUUGAUCUUACAUUCACGCAUUGAAAAUACUAGGACUCCAGUGCUCCUUAAACUGAUGUUUCACAGCUGAUGUUUCACAGUUUCCAUUUGAUUCUUACUAUUUUAAUACUUCUGUGCAAACUUUGCAUGAAAAGAAGGCACAUUGAUGCUGAAAGUAAGAGAAUGAAUAAAUAGCAGCACUUUAAAUUUGGUCCAGGAACAGAUAAGGUAGGGUUGCCAAAGUUGUUGAGCUUUUUUUGGGAAAAUCUCAAAUAGUUUUUGAGCGUAAUAUGCUCAUAGGACUAGUUAAUUUGUCAUUCAGCUGCUAGAAUACUGCGGGCAGUCUCUGAACAGUCUUCAAACAUCUAACAUCAAGUUCCUCCAGAUUUGGCUACAUCUUAUCUCCACCAAGCAAACUCCUGCCUUCUUGCCUGUGUUUUUGUUCUUACACAUUGACAGAAAGGACAUCCGCUGAAGCUGAUCAUCAUGUCUGCCACACUGCGUGUGGAAGAUUUCACCACCAACAAGAAACUGUUUGCCAGUCCUCCUCCUGUUAUACAGGUAACAGUGUGAUAGUGGUUGGAUUUAGUGUCACAUUUUGUUCCAACACCAGAGGCCCCAGGGAAAGUGGCAAGCCUGGAGAGGGGAGCAGGGCUGGUCAAAGGAUGCUGGACUGCAGCUUGCUCCGGCAAAGGUUGGGAGCAGCCUUUGAUGCCUCCUGUCUCUGGACUCCAUCCCCUUGAGGGAGCUGCUGAGCCCUAAAAGGCCUGAACACGGGGACUCCUCCUCCUCCCCCCAUAGCCUCCCUCCGGGCAUGUAUCAGGGCUGGUGAGGAGUGAUGGGAGGGGCCUGGUUCUUCAAGGAAGUGUCCGUGUCUGGCCUGUGGGCCCUGGCAGUCUGGGAGGUUCCUGUCUAUACUUGUGGGUAUAGGGCAGUAUAAUUCUUUUAGUAAUAAUUCCCUCAGGCACGGCGGUCUCCAGCUCAGGAGUGGAGAUUGCAGCUUUCUCAGAAGCGCAGCUCCUGCACUUCUCCUGAGAGUGGGCAGGCAGCAGGGUGGGAUGCACAAGCUUAAAGAAAAACACUUUUGAGAACCAUUUUAAAAGAGCUCCCAUCAUAUUCCUGUUUCGAGAAGGCUUUAAUCUCUGCUCAUCAAUUUAAGAGCAGAGAUUAAAUCCUGCUGCCUUGGCUUUAUGAUCCUGUUCCCUGCUGGAGGCAUAGAGCCAAUGCAGGAUUAAACCACAUCUUCUUGCCCGUUAGCUGGCAUCACAGGUGGGUGGGUGUGGUUUGGAGGAAAUGGCCUCACAGGCCAGAUUGGAGCCCCUGGCAGGCCAAAAGGGACCUGUGAGCCAGAGGUUCCCCAGGUCUAAAUAGACAUGCUUUGUCGUUCUGGGCAACUGCUCUUUACCUGUAUUGUUUUCUCUGUAGGUGGAUGCGAGGCAAUUUCCUGUGGCAGUUCAUUUUAACAAAAGGACCCCACUGGAUGAUUAUAACGGAGAAUGUUUCCGGAAAGUCUGUAAAAUUCACCGAAUGUUGCCAUCGGGUAAGCUGACUGGCACAGACUUUUGUCUGUAAUAAAAACCAUAAAAUUAGCUUUCAAAUAAGGAACUGGAGUGAUUCUCUUUUAUGUCCUGGAGCAGGUUCAGAAAAGGGCAGAAUGAUCAGGGGGCUGAAGACAACACUCUCGGGAGGGAACUUGGCCACAUUUGGGGCUUUUUAAUUUAGAUAAAUAGUGAGCCGGAGGCGUAUGAUUACAUACUUAAAGGUUAAGAGGUGGGUGCAGGAAAGAACACUUUAUGGUUUCAGUACGCUGAAAUUCUUUCUGAAUUGCAAGAAUAUUUUAGUUGUCCCAACCAAAUUAGAGACUUGCCUGAACUGGAGAAAAUCCCCUGAGGAGAGGGAUUGGCAAUUCAACCACUCUGUGAAGGGCAUAGAGGGUCUCCUAACAACCCACAGCACCCAUAAGAAACUAUAGUUCCCAGAAUGCUAUGGGGAAAGCCAUGACUGUUUCAAGUGGGAUGACACUGCUUUAAAUGUAUAGUACAGAUGUUGUCUUGAUGUGACAAAAUUCUGUGACUUAAAAAAAAUAAAUUGUGCCAGUUUUUAUGAAGAAGACAUUGAAUAAUGUUUUAUUUCAAAGCAUAGACACUGGUGCUUCUUGCCACAUUUCCCGCUCCCACAAUGCCUGUGGCCUAAUUUUAAGAUAUUUUAUCUUCUUGCAGGGGGCAUCCUGGUGUUCCUCACUGGCCAGGCUGAAGUACAUUCACUGUGUAGGAGGCUGAGGAAAUCGUUCCCUUUCCGCAAAAAUGCACCCCAAGGUAACUGAUGCCCUCAGAGAAACGCAUUGGUAUUUCUGUAUUAAAAUCCCAAAUAAUUGGCAUGGUACCAACUCAAUAAAUGCAGUCUUGCAACUCUUCCAAAAAGCAUAUUUGUUAAAAGCAUUCUCCAAGCCUUUGCGCAUGGCCUGCCUCAAGUCCUUGAGGGACAGAAUUUGCGUGAGAAGUUACUUCUCUGACAGCCACUGCUUUUCCUUGUCCAGUGGCAGGGAAAACAGCAAUCCCAGAGUUGAAUGAUUUUGCGCCCUGGGUGUGAAGCAUGCAUUUGAGCAAGAGUCAAGGAUAGCACCCUGGCAGGCCAGACCAAGACUGGCUGUUAACCUGGCAGUGCCAAAACCUGGCCUGGAAGCUUGCAUAUCCUCCAGGUCAGGGAGAACCAAAGGGUUGCGGAGGUGGGUGAAGCCACCCUGAAAGUCUGGGAGGACGCCUUUGGCCGGGGAACUUUUCGCGCUGCAAUUCUCCAUGGCUCAUCACCAAGGGCAGCAAAGCACAGAUCUAGACAUUUAUGCCAGUUUCACACAGCAAACUUGUUUGGAACUGGCUGCACUUCUCUUUACAUUGCUCUAUUUAAAAAAAAACUGCCAAUAUCAAAAUGCUGGUACAGAGAUCUAUGGUGUGACCACAUUUUGAGUCUCUGUACUGUUCUGGCCAGCUCAACUCAAAGAGGGUAUUCUAGAGCUGGAAAAGGUUCAGAAAGAGGCAUCCUGAAUGAUCAAGGGGUUGGAGCGACUCCACCAUGAAGAAAAGCUGCAGGGUUUGGUACUUUUUAGCUUAGAGGAAAAAUGAGUGAGAGGCAACUUGUUAAAAGUUCAUAAAAUUCAGCAUGGCAUGGAAAAGUGGAUAAAGAAUAUGUUUUUCUCUUAACUCUAGAACUUGCAGACAUCCAGUGAAUUUUCUUGAAAAUUCCGAAUAUAUAUAAUUUUUAAGUACUUCAGAAAGUACUGUGAUGGAAGGCAGCCUAGCUUGACUCCUCACAGUAUCACUGGGGAGAGAUGUAAUUUUGUAUUUGGUCUGUGACUUGGUUUUUUUGCUUGUGUUAUUGAGGGACCUCCUCCUUUGGGCUAUUGCUCUUACAGUUGCCACAUAACACUCAUCCCACAGUUGUGAGCAAUGGAUCUUUCAGUUUGGCAGAACCUAUACUUUGACAGGUGCUGUCACUGUACUCUUUUCAGCACCAGCUUGAAACAUAUUUGUUUAGGCAAACCUAAAGAUGUUUUAAUCAUUUUUACUGUCAAUUUUAGUUAUCAUUAAAUGUUUUAAAUUAUUUAUACUGAUAAUAAAUAUAGUAAACUGCUUAGAGGUUUUACUACAAUCCAAAAGGUGUAAGCCUUUUUCUUAAGUAAAAAUAUUGAUGUAGAUGCUGCUUCCUUUCUUCUUCCCAGGUGGUGAUGAAGACAAGGAGGAUUCGGUUGAAGAAAUACGAAGAUUUAAGAAAUCCAAACGGAAAAAGAAUGUGGUAUGCUUUGAUUGAGGGCUCCCAAGUGGAACCAACCCCAGUGGGGCUUGCAUUUGGCAUCAAAUUUAAAAGGCACCGAGGAGCAGUUCAAGGCUCCUUUGCAGCCAGCUCUUUCCCUGCCCCACACCUGGUGUGUGUGCGCGCAUGUGCACACACACACACUGGGAAAACUGUCUUGCAAGCCAAAAUAGGGACAGAGAUUCCUCACCACUUCUCUGCAUCACAAUAGGGUCCCCCAGAUUAACAGCCUUUGAUCCAGACUCAUGAAAAUGCUCCUUAUUUCCAAUACAUUUGCCUCUUCCCCAGGCCCAGACACUUAUUGGGAUCCCAAGUUCUCAGGGCUGGGUCAGAUGCAGGUCAGCACUCAAGAAGAAGGCACUAGCAGAAAAGUUAGCUCUUCAUUGAAGAAAGCAACAUACAAGGCAACAAUGCCAACACACAGGACUGGCCCCUGUGAAACAGAUGCCAGGACUGAAGCUCUUCACCUUCUACUUACCUCUAAGUCUUCCCCCCAGCUCCUGGGAUGCUGGUGCAGCCCCUGUCCCUCCUCUGCUUCAUCAACAGAGUCUUCACUGCUUUCUCCACCUGUCUCCUCUUGCUGUUGCCUUUUCAGCAUCCAACCAUUCCUCCCCUCCUUCCGCCUCUGAUCUGUCCUCAGUGUCCCACCACAACCCUGGCUCUGAACCUUCCUCCUCAGGCUUCCCUCGGGUUCCCCGGCUGCUGCCUCCCACCCCCUCCUCUUCAUCCAGCCAGCCCCUGACACAAAUCCACCUCCCAUCCCAUUUGGACCCUCCGAGGGUCUUCCAGCUCUAACUCUCCAAGUUCCUCACAUUCCUCCCCAGGAUCUGACCAUCCCCUCCAUGACACCUCCAUGGGCCUCAUGUCAACCACAGGGGACCAUGGCUGUUUUGAAAUAGUGUUUCAGAAACCACUGCCUUUCUGUGCCUGUAUGCGCUCUGAAUUUCAACCUUCGAAAGCCAUGAUCCCUUUGUGCAUUUCUCCUGAUCCUUUCAGGUGCUGCCCAAAAUAGAUCUGGAUAACUAUUCUGUUAUGCCAGUAGAUGAAGGAGAUGAAGACAGAGAUGCAGGAGCUGAAGAAGAUGCUGACGCUGCUUGCUCAGAUCUUGACCUGGAAUAUGGAGAUGAUGGGCUGGAAGAAGGUUUGCCUCUUGGAAAAUAUGCUAAGGCAGUGUUGGUUCAGUUUCUGCAGGGCCCGCGGGCAAGACUUCCUCAGUGAGCCUUCCUCGCUCCUGUCAUCAUCUGCUGCUGCCCCACUCCUCCUCCUCUUGGAUUUCCCCACCCUGCCACUAGCUUGCCAGGCAGAAAGUCAGUGAGCAAGCGGGCACUGGCAUUUUCUGCUCCUCCUCCUCCCCGACGCAGUUGCUCAGGCCAGAGGAAGAGGCUGGUGAGGAAGCGAGUGGGUUGCAGUGAUGAAGAACAGGUGCAGGCUUAGGGGGGUCCCUUGCCAGAGACGUCCCUCGCUGGCAAGAUGCCCAAAUAUACCAACCCCUGAGGCUGGCUUGUGUUUAUACAUGUUGGGACCAGACUUGAUCAUUGAGCUGUCAUGGCGCAUAGAAUCAUAGAAUGAGAGUUGGAAGGGACUGGGAGGGUCAUCUAGUUCCAACCACCUGCAGUGCAGGAAUCUUUCGCCCAACAUGGGGCUCAGUUGAGAGUCUCCUGCUCUGCCGAUGUGCCCUAAUUUAUCCUGCUCUGUUCUGUUUGUUGCAUUUUCUCUCUCACUCCAAAUAAAUCACACCAUUUUUGUGGGGGGGUCCACUAGGGGGCGCAUUGAAAGAUGGCCGACAAUACCAUCUCUCCGACCCACACGGGGUAAUUAAGAGGCUGUUAUGGGAGUAGGCAGCCUCCCUUGUUGCCCCAAGGAAAUGGGGAACACUGCCUUUGCCUGCUGUGCCAAUAAAUCACCCCCUAAUUCGAAAGAAGGGGGUGAGGGCCCAAGGGAGAAUGCCCCCGUGUGGACCUCGGCUCUCCUGGACGCUGUCUCUGAUCGCGCACUAGUUGCAGCAAUUUGGAAUAAUUAAUUACAAAAGAAGCAAAUGCACAUAUUUCAAGUGAAGAAGGGGAGUGAAGUCUGCUAAUUUAAGUGACCUCUGUGAAAGAAGACGACGGGCUGGAGAAACAGGAAUAUUUUACGAUGAAGAUACACCAAAGGCGGGGUAUGUUGACAACGGGGCUGAAUGGGGGAAACCUUUUUACUUUCCUUCUAUGUGAUUUACAAGAACCCCUCCUCAUUAGAACCGUCGGUUGAACUGACCCAAGCAGGAUGAUUAAGGUCUGUGUGGAGAUAAACUUUAACCAAAAGUAUGCUUUAUGGAGACCGAGAAGCAAUAAGAGCUUUUGGGAAUGGCGCAGCAAUAAAUUCGGAGUCGCCAUCUUGCCAAAGGAUUUAUAGCCGGGAGGAAGAACGGAUUUGUUUGCAUUCCUAGUGAAUCUCCUCAGAGGUUUUGAGAAAGGAGGCAGAUUGGUGAAGAUUAAUGACACUAAGACUGUUUUGAUGUAUGGAAGUGAUGUUAUAUGGAAAACGUCUGGAUAUGGCUACUGGAUAAAAAAAUAAUAUCCACGCAGGAUUUCAAACUGUUCUAACCAGCCUGCGGAGACUAUCAGAGGUCACAAAGAGAAAGGAAAAAUAUAUGAAAAUAACAACAAGAGAUAUGGAAAAAUAAUAAGAAAGGACUGGAUAGUACUGUGAACAUCAUAAGGUUAGAUUUGUGGACAUCAAAACAGCAGUAAGAAGCAAGAAGUUGAUAGGAUCCCUUCGGAACUUGAAAUAUGGGUACCCCCAACAAAAAUUUAAAAUUCGGCUGUGUAAUUUGGAAUUUAUGUAAUUUGGUUUGAUUUGAUGUGAUUGGUCGGUUAAUAAAAAAUUAUUCUUAAAAAAAUAAAUCACACCAUUUUUGCAAAGUUUCCCCAGGGUUCCCUGUGAAGAGGAACUGACAGUUAAUCCACUCUGGGAAUUGUAGUUCUGUGAAAGGAAUAGGGGCCUCCUAACAGCUCUCAACACUUUGCAAACUACAGUUCCCAGGAUUCUUUGAGGAAGCAAGGACUGUUCCAAGCGUCAUGAUACUGCUUUAAAUGUAGAGGGCUGGUGGGGCUGUUGAUUCAAAUGGUGAAGUCAGUUGGACAGCCAGCAGACUGUUGCUUAUUACUAUUGUGUGUGUUUUUUAAUUUUGUGUACAGGUGAGAACCCAGAUUCCUCCCUCCCACUUUAUGUUCUUCCACUUUACUCCUUGCUGGCACCAGAAAAGCAAGCCAAGGUAAUGAUUCAUUUCCCUGGCUCCUCAGAAAAUGUACCCAUGAGCUCAUUCUCCCAGUAUGGAUCCUUUAGAAAACAUCCGUAAACCCAUACACAAGAGUUUGGGCAGGUUUGCAGAAGCCCAAAAAACACCUGAGAACCAGCCCAGUGAGGAUCGAGCAUGCUCAAUGGGCACAGAAUGCUGAGUAGUAGGAAUUGGCAGAAAGCUGGCAGAGAGGGGAAUAAUAUAGAAUAUCCUGGAAGGAGGGCUUGGCUGGGUAGAGCCCUGAGCACUGGAUGCUGCAUCGCUUUGUUGUAUGCCUCACUUGCAGAAUUUAUAGGUUGUGGGCAUCAGUUUCCAUAUUCCUGGGUGAUUUUUCUAGGAUCUCCCCCCCCCCCACCUUUUAUUUCUGUACUCCAGGUUUUUAGGCCCCAUCCUCCUGGGACCAGGCUCUGUGUUGUAGCAACCAACGUGGCUGAAACAUCCCUGACCAUCCCGGGCAUCAAGUACGUGGUCGACUGUGGGAAGGUCAAGAAACGCUUCUACGACAAAGUCACUGGAGUCUCCUCUUUCAGAGUCACCUGGACGUCUCAGGCAUCUGCCAACCAGCGGGCCGGCCGAGCUGGGCGCACAGAGCCCGGCCACUGUUACAGGUCAGCUGACUUCCCUUCUCUGUAGGAACACAAGAAGCUGCCUUCUGCUGAGUCAAACCGCUGGGCCCUCAAGAUCAAUCUUGUCUGCACUGACUGGCAGGGGCAACGCUGAUCAUUGAUUGUAACGAUAAAUAUUUGAUUUGACUGGCAGUGGCUUUCCAAGGUUUCAGCCAGGAGCUGUUUUGCUAAAUGCAAGUUCUUUUGGAUUCAGUGGCAGUAGCACAAGUGGAGAGAAGUUCCUCACUUUUAUUAAGUAGCAGGUUUGGAUGCAGAAUAAAAAGCAGUGAAACAGUCUUUAAGCAGAAUAAUAUAGCAUAUGCAAGUUAAAAUACUUCCCCAUUCAGUUAUCAGGGAAUGAUAAGAGAGAGACUCCAGCAGCACAGUACACAGCAUCCAACAAGAUCAAAGCUUGAGGAUCAGACCCCACCAGGGAGAUUUAUACCCCUUAGAUCAGGCAUAGGCAAACUCAGCCCUCCUGAUGUUUUGGGACUACAACUCCCAUCAUCCCUGACCACUGGUUCUGUUAGCAAGGGAUGAUGGGAGUUGUAGUCCCAAAACAACUGGAGGGCCGAGCUUGCCUAUGCCUGCCUUAGAUCCUUAGUGGCCAAGUGCUGGCUGGCCUAAUAUCUAAAUUCCUCCCACCUGUUAAGCUAGGCAAAUAUACAGGGCCAGGGUUGUUAGUUGAUCCUGCAGCUGCACCAUUGCUGACAAGCACUCAAGCUUCAGCUGCAAGUGGAUCUUUCCACAUCCCAGGAGCACAAGCAGCAAAUCAAGAGCGUAAAGCAAACCAAAAACCCUUGACAAUAAGCAUGGAGGAAUAAUUGUACGAACCAAUUAACCUGUCUCCUCAGAAUACAAAAUUCGUCAGCAUUCUGUUUCCUCUACAGGAGCCCUUCUCAGCCCUGUCUAGAGAUCCCAAGGAUCGAACCUGGGACCUUCUGCACUCAAAGCAGAUGCUCUACCACUGGGCUAUGGCCCUUUCCCAAAGUAAAAGGGCUGUAAUUUCAGUGGGUGAUGCAGAAAAUCCCAGGUCCAGUCCCCAGUGGCAUCUCCAGGUAGGGCUGCAAAUGACUCCUUGCCAGAAACCCCAGAGAGCCUCUGCCAGGCCGUGUGGACAGUCGUGAGCUAGGGGGACCCAUUGUCUGCCUCAGUAGAUGGUCGUUUUCUAUCUCCCUGUGUAAAAGAGCCCCCAACUGUUUACAUUCUAGCAGGACAUUAUUUUAAAAAAUUGCAUCUUUCAGAACCAAUACCAGUGUUUGCUUGAUUUCUUUUUCCUGCCUUAUCCUAUUUUUCUUUUAUGUUGUGUGAUCCUAAAACUGCUGGUCCAUCUAUCUCAAUAUUGUUUACACUGACUGGCAGGAGCUCUCCUGGGUUUCAGACAGCUAGAAUGCAGCACCCCUGCAGCAAUCCAGGAGGCGCGCAUCUCUAGCUGGUCUCAACAGCUGGGAGCAAAAGCUGUGUAGCAGUAUAUUUCUGAAGCCUUCUGGGCAGCUGCUAAUCUCUCCCCCCCCCCCCCCGGCUUCCUCUCUUGUUUUGUUCUAGGCUUUACUCUUCGGCUGUCUUCAGUGACUUUGAGAAGUUCACUUCUCCUGAGAUUACCAGGCGACCUGUUGAAGAUUUAAUCCUGCAAAUGAAAGCGCUAAACAUUGAAAAGGUGGGAGUCAAUUUAGGGCAGCCUUCCUUCUGCAACACGGAUUAUGUCAUUCCCGUCUAAAUUGGCCAUGCUGCCUGGGUUUGAUGGGAGUUGUAGUUCAAAACCGGAGGGCGCCGCAUGGUGGGGGAGGGGCUGAUCUGGCUUCGAACUAGAUGAGACACCAACAUAGGAAGCUGCCUUAUACUGAAUCAGGCCAUUGAUUGCUCCAUCUGUCCCAGGGUUGUCAACACUGACUGGCAGCCGCUCUCUCGGGUUUCAGGCAUGCCUGGAGAUGCCAUUGGGGGCUGAACUUGGGAUCUCCUGCAUGCAAGGCAGAUGCUCUGCCUCGGAGCUACAGCCCUUCCCCACCAAUCACCCGGAUCCUUUUUGAAAAAUAGAGUGCAGGUGUGGGGAGUGUUAACCCUUUGGUCCCACUAUGGGAGCUUUCCCACCAUGCAAAUAGCAGGUGCAAGGAUCAAGUCAAAGGGUUAAAUUAGCCUAUCGUCACCAGUGGUCAGGGAGGAAGUAGACCUCCACAGAUUUAUGUUAGAUUGUGACUCUAUGUGGGCCAUCAUUCUGAAACCUAGAAACUGCCUCGGAGACAAGGCAGUGUGUAUAUAAUAUUUAAUUUUCUUUUCGUUAGAAAAAAAAGACAGCUAACUUUCGAAAGAUUGCUAUUCUAAUUAGCACAAGAAAAAGGUUUAAAUCUGGACUCCCUCGGGAGGUGGUGGCCUCUCCUUCCUUGGAGGUUUUUAAGCAGAGGUUGGAUGGCCGUCUGUCAUGGAUGCUUUAGAUGAGAUUCCUGCAUUUCAGGGGGUUGGACUAGUUAACCCUGGGGGUUCCUUCCAAUUCUAUGAUUCUGUAAUUCCACAAUUCUGUGAUUCUGCUGAAACCCCCAGGUAAUAUUGGCCCACCCUCUAAAAUAAGUUGGUCAGCAGCCUGCCCCUCCCCCCAGCUCUUUGGUGAAUUCCAGCACUGCUGAAGUUGGAAGGUGGCUUGCGGACAGAUGGGGACGGGCAAUUGUUUAUUAAUAGCAGCAUCUACCCCCCUCCCCUUUUGAAUUAUGCUGGCUGCUGGGAAGAAGAAAUCUGUAGUGAGGUUAAGGUAGGAGUUUGUUGGGGUGGGGGGAGAACCAGGAGUGGAUUUUUGUGUCACAGGAGCUUGUGCUACGUUCUGGUACUAAAACCAAAUUUCUGCACUGGGCAUGCAUGCGCACUGAGGCACCCCAUUUCUUAACCAGUGUUCUGGACCUGGGUCUGGUCAGUGGAUCUCUGGGUUCUAGUGGUGGUGAUGAUGUGAGUAGACCCCACAAGCCUGAAGUUAUUCCAUGCCCAUCUUACUCAGUUCUUGGGCAUCUCACCUGUUCAUGCCGGGUGUGUCGUCCCCUUUGUGUUUGCAGGUGGUCAAUUUUCCCUUUCCUACACCCCCGCCGCUGGAAGCGCUAGUUGCUGCUGAGGAGCUGUUGAUAGCCCUUGGAGCCUUGCAGGAACCCUCCAAAUCGGGAAGGUAGACUUUUUACUGAUUGUUGUUGUCUUUGUUGCUUUUUGAACAAUGCCGGUUGGUGGACUGGAUUGUGCUUUCUCUCUUUUCUCCCACUGUGCAGAGCCAUCCCUCCCAUUGGAUAGAGUGGGGUGGCCAUCUUGCACAGUUCUUUUGAGCUGCCAUGAAAGAGCAGAAAGAUAAUGUUUUUGUUUUACAAAUGCAUAAAUCAUACCAUAGCCUGAGGCCAUCAAAGCAGUGUACAACAUGAUAAACGAAAUAAAUAGCACACCAAAAAUACAAAUUCUAAAAGCAACAUUUGGAGGGCACUAAGUCAAGAGAGGCCUGGUCUAGGAAUUGACUCCUAUUCCCUUCUUCCAGGCUGAGAAAGUUGCAAGAAGCCAAGCUGACCUGCCCCAUCAGCCCCCUGGGGGCCACAAUGGCAGCCUUUCCUGUGGCUCCCCGUUACGCGAAGAUGCUUGCCUUGAGCAAACAGCAGGACUGCCUCCCGUAUGUCAUCACCUUAGUGUCAGCCCUGACGGUUCGGGAGCUCUUUGAAGAGUUUAACAGGUGAGGGUUCCCCCAACAAAAGUGCUGGGCGUUGGCUCCAUGUCUGUGUCUGCUGUUUGCUGCCCUGGACUCCUUUGGGAAGAAUGGUGGGGUGGAAACAAACAAACAAACAAGCAAACAAACAAACAAACUUGCCACUCUCUGAACUAGUGGCCCAAAGGAAUGAUCCCCUUUGGUGUGGUCACAUUGGUGGUAGUUCAUUGGCAGUAAAGAAUUGCACCUCUGAAAGUUGUUCCAAUUCCUCUCACUGUGCUGCUGAGGACACACAGCCCAUGGUCACCCUGUGAUGAAUAAUGGUAGCCUCCAGCUGAGCACAUAAGUUGCUUCUCUGUUUUUUUAGUACAAGUCACAAAUUUAAUAAAACAAGUAUAUGUGGUAGAGAUUCAGCAGUGUUCUGCACUGCAACCCUAUGCAUGUCUACUCAUAAAUUUGGAAAGAUGUAUCAGUCUAUUUCUGUUCAGUGUCAGUUCUGCAUACACUCAAGCAUAGUUCUGGCCUUUUUUCGCAGCUUUUUAUUUUUUAUUUUUUAAUAAAAUAUUUAUUGGUUUUACAAAAAAAAUUCCAAAAGAUACAAAAUUACCAAAAUUCAACAAACAAAAAACACCAAUAACCAUGACAACAAACGAACAGAAAUAACAGUAUCCAUAACAAAGAAAGAAACAAGAAAAAAAGAAAAAGAAACAGAAAAAUUUAAAAGAUAUUAUACUUUCAUUUAGCCUUCUUAUCUUUACCUAGUUCUUUGACUUCCCCGCAUCUCCCCGCUUGUAUUUCCAUUUAAGAAUUCCUUUCAGCAAAUCCUUACCCUCCUUUCUUUAUCUUAACUCAAAAAACUUAAUCUAUUUAUAUAUAAAUAUUUUUACAACCUUAUCAAUCAAAUAUUCCAUACUCUUAAUCACAAGGCUUUUGCCAAUACCAGUUAUUUUCAAUCAGACUUCAAUUUAACAUUCAUUAAUUUUAUAGUAUUUCUGUAGAUAGACUUUAAAUUUCUUCCAAUCUUCUUCCACCGACUCUUCUCCCUGGUCACGGAUUCUGCCAGUCAUCUCCGCCAGUUCCAUAUAUUCGAUUACCUUCAUCUGCCAUUCUUCCAGAGUGGGUAAAUCUUGUGUCUUCCAAUACUUUGCGAUGAGUAUCCUUGCUGCUGCUGUUGCAUACAUAAAGAAAGUUCUGUCUUUCUUUAGCACCAAUUGGCCAACAAUGCCCAAGAGAAAGGCCUCUGGUUUCUUUAGAAAGGUAUACUUAAAUACCUUUUUCAACUCAUUAUAUAUCCUUUCCCAGAAGGCCUUAAUCUUUGGGCACGUCCACCAAAGGUGAAAGAAUGUACCUUCAGUUUCCUUACAUUUCCAACAUUUAUUAUCAGGCAAAUGGUAGAUUUUUGCAAGCUUGACUGGGGUCAUGUACCACCUGUACACCAUUUUCAUUAUAUUCUCUUUUAAAGCAUUACAUGCUGUGAACUUCGUACCUGUGGUCCAUAACCGUUCCCAGUCAGCAAACAUAAUGUUAUGUCCAAUAUCCUGUGCCCAUUUAAUCAUAGCAGAUUUUACCGUUUCAUCCUGAGUAUUCCAUUUUAGCAGCAAGUUAUACAUUCUUGAAAGUGUUUUAGUUUUGGAAUCUAGCAGUUCUGUUUCCAACUUUGAUUUUUCCACCUGGAAGCCAAUUUUUCUAUCCAAAUUAUAGACCUCUCUUAUUUGGUAAUAAUGCAACCAGUCUCGCACUCUAUCUUUUAAUUUUUCAAAACUCUGCAAUUUGAAUUUGUCUCCUUCUUGUUCCAAGAUCUCCCAAUAUUUUGGCCACUUGGCCUCCAUAUUGGACUUUUUUAGGGCCUUUGCCUCCAUUGGUGAUAGCCACCUUGGGGUUUUGUUCUCCAAUAAGUCUUUAUAUCUUAUCCAGACAUUGAACAAUGCUUUCCUGACAAUAUGGUUUUUAAAUAUUUUGUGAGCUUUAACCUUGUCAUACCACAAAUAUGCAUGCCACCCAAACACAUUAUUGAAACCUUCUAAGUCCAAAACAUCAGUAUUUUCCAGAAGUAGCCAAUCCUUCAACCAGCAGAAAGCUGCUGAUUCAUAAUAAAGUUUAAAGUCUGGCAGGGCAAAUCCCCCUCUUUCUUUAGCAUCAGUCAAUAUUUUAAAUUUUAUCCUGGGCCUCUUGCCCUGCCAGACAAACUUAGAAAUAUCUCUCUGCCACUUCUUAAAACAGUCCAUUUUGUCUAUUAUUUGUAUCGAUUGAAACAAAAACAACAUUCUUGGCAAUACAUUCAUCUUGAUGACAGCAAUUCGCCCUAACAAGGAAAGCUUCAAAUUUGUCCAUAUUUCUAAAUCCUUUUUAAUGUCCGACCAACAUUUUUCAUAAUUGUCUUUAAAUAAAUUCCCAUUUUUAGCUGUCAUAUGAAUCCCCAGAUAUUUCACUUUUUUUACCACUGUUAAACCUGUCUCAUUCUGAAACCUCUCUUUUUCAAUCGGUGUUAAAUUCUUCUCAAGUACUUUAGUUUUAAACUUAUUCAGCUUAAAACCUGCCACCUGACCAAACUCUUGAAUCAGUUCUAAUGCUCUUUUCGUACUAGAUUCUGGCUCCUGUAAUGUCAGUACAAGGUCAUCUGCAAAUGCUUUCAGUUUAUAUUGUUUCGCUCCGACCGUUAUGCCCUUAAUCAGAUGGUCCCUUCUUAUCAUAUUUAACAAAACCUCCAGAACAGAAAUAAAAAGUAAUGGGGAAAUUGGGCAGCCUUGUCGUGUCCCUUUCUCUAUCUUAAUUUCCUCUGUUAUCACAUUAUUAACUAUUAAUUUAGCUUUUUGUUCUGAAUAAAUUGCAUUUAUACCAUUUUCAAACUCUUGGCCUACCCCCAUCCCCUGAAGAUUUUUUUUCAUAAAACUCCAAGAAAUAUUGUCAAAGGCUUUCUCUGCAUCCACAAAAAUCAAAACUGCUUUAGUAUUGAUCUCCUCUUGCAGCUUCUCCAGAAUAUCAAUUAUGUUCCUUGUGUUGUCCGAAAGAUGUCUAUCUGGAAGAAAGCCAGCUUGGUCCUUGUGAAUCACUCCUUUUAGCACUUUUUUAAGCCUUUUUGCUAAAAUGUCAGCAAAAAUUUUGUAAUCCACAUUUAACAGGGAUAUGGGCCGAUAGUUCUUAAGCUGUGUCUUUUCAGUCUCAGCCUUUGGUAUAAGUGUAAUAAAUGCGUCUUUCCACGACUCUGGCGCUCUUUUCCCCUCUAAAAUUUCAUUACAAACCUCAGUUAAAGGUCGAAUUAACCAGUCUUUCAAAGUUCUGUAAUAUUUUGAGGUUAAACCAUCCGGUCCUGGAGAUUUUCCCAACUGCAUAUUCUGAAUGGCACCUUCAACCUCCUGUUCUGUAAUUUUAUAGUUCAACAAUAUCUUGUUAUCCUGAGAAAUUUUUUGUAAUCCAUUGGUUUUCAAAAAUUGCUCUAUCUCAAAUUCUUUCUGAGGCCCUUGUGUGUAUAGUCGUUUAAAAUAUCUCUGGAAGCAUUUCCUAAUUUCUUCUGGAUUCUGGAUAUUUUUCCCUUCCACUUCCAAAUUAGUAAUAGUAUUAAGUUUUUGUCGUUUCUUCAACUGCCAGGCCAGCAGUUUCCCACAUUUAUUUGCCGAUUCAAAGGUCUUUUGUCUCAUUUGCUUAAUUUUCCAUUCCACUUCUUGAUUUAUCAAUUUCAUAUAUUGCACUUGAUACAAUUUUAUUUCCCUCAGAAUCUCUUGUGAAUUGGGCUUCACUCUCAAUUUCUUCUCGCCCUCCUUUAUUUUUUCCAAAAUUUUUUCUUUCUUUACGUUUUGGGCCUUCUUCUUAAUUGAAUUCUGUUGAAUCAGGAAGCCCCUCAUAACAGCUUUGCUUGCAUCCCAGAUUACUCUUUUUUCUACAGUUGUAUUCAAGUUUAUCUCAAAAUAGUCCCUCAAUGUCUUUUGGGCCUUCUUAAUCACCUCUUGAUCUCUAAACAAGGUGUCAUUCAUCCUCCAUCGGAAGGAACCAAUAGAUGUUAACUUCAUCUCCAUUCUCACGGCGUUAUGGUCGGAGCAUGUUUUUGGGCAGAUCUCUACCUUCUUAACCUUGGGUGCCAGUCCUCUAGUAGUCCAGAUUUGGUCAAUUCUUGUCCAUGUCUUUUGGGCUUCAGAAAAAAGGUUCCUUCUCUAUCAAGGGGUUCUUAGUUCUCCAAAUGUCAAUCAAAUCCAUAUUGUCAGUUAGUUCAAAAAAUGUUUUCGGUAGUCUACCAUCUUUAGUAACUACCUCUCUUUGUGACUUGUCCAUAUUUGUAGAAACCACCCCAUUCAUAUCUCCCAUGAAAACAGUAUUAUAGUCCAUAUAGUCCAUCAAGGUCUCAUGCAACUUUUUGUAGAAUAUAGAUUUCCCCUCAUUUGGUGCGUAUACACCUACUAUCAAAAAUUUUUCUCCUUGUACUUGAAUUUCAAUUGCUAUGAACCUUCCUUGUUCAUCCUUAAAGACAAAUUUUGGUGAGAGGCUCUCCUUUGCGUAAAUUACCACUCCUCGUUUUUUAACUUUGUCUGAUGAAAUAAAUUCUUGGCCCAGUCUCUUAUUAAUCAAUAUUUUCCUAUGAAGCCUCAUCACAUGGGUUUCCUGUAAGCAAAUUAAGUCCAAUUGUUCUUUUUUAAGUAUAUGAAAUACUUUCCUUCUUUUUUUCCGGAGAAUUCAGGCCACAAACAUUCCAAGUUAAAAGUUGCAGAGCCAUGAUGAUUUCUUUAUUUCCCUCCAACUGCUCCCAAUAACUCUUCUUCCUCUGUUGGUGGUUUCGGCUUCUCUGUCUUAUCCUCUCCCAACGGUGGUAAUGUAGGAUCCAAUCCUGUUAAAGGGGCUUCUGGCUCCAAUCCUUUUUGUAGGUCCUCUUGGUAGUCUCUCAAAAAGUUCUGUUUCUCCUCCACAGAUUUUAUUUUAAUUUUCUUGCCUUUAAAACUGAAAGAUAGGCCUUGAGGGAACUCCCACCUGAAAAAAAUUCUGUUUCCUCUCAGCAACGUCACCAGGUCCCGAUAGUUAGACCUAAGCUCCAAAAGAAGCUUUGGAAUGUCUUUAAAUAUUUCUAUCCUUGAGUCUUGUAUUGUCAGUGUAUUUUGAUAAUGUAAGCUCAAAAUUUUAUCUCGUUCCUCUUUUGAUCGCAGGGUAAUCAGGCAGUCUCUCACUCUAUUUUUCCUUGCUCUUCUUCCAAGCCUAAAAGCAGACGUUAUCUUGAAAUCUUCCUUAUCAUUCAAUUGCCAAAAGUUGGCAAAUUCUUGCGUCAAAAGGUCUGCCAGGCUCUCUUUCUCAAUCUCAGGUACUGCUCUGAUCCUUAAAUUGGUCUGUUUCUCCUUUAACUCAAGGACAGAUAGCAAUUCCUGGUGCGUUCCCAAUCUUAUGUGGUGCUCUUCAACUUGUUUAAUUAAAGGUGGUAAUUUUUCUUCAGCAGCUACCGCUUUUUCUCUAGCUUCCAAAGCUGUUUUUUGAGUUUCAGCAGAUUGUUCCAGUAGUUUUUUAAUCACAUCUGUGUUUUCAUUAGUCUGUCGGGUCAACUUGUCAAUACUUGCAGAAUUUUGUCUAAUGGCUUCUAAAGCCUCAGCAUUUUGUUGACCCAAUUUUUCAAAACCUUCGUUCACAAUUUUAAAUAAACUGGCCAAUCCUUCUUCCUCUCCUUGUGGCCCAGCGAUGGAUUGCCUACGCUGUUGCUGUUGUACAAUGUUGCUCUGCUGCCUGCCUUUCCCAGACCUCAGAUCUCUUCCUUCCAUGGCACUUUAUCUAAAAGUCAAGGUCACUCUCACAGUCAAAAUUGUUUUGUUAUUGUACUUUCCCAGGCUGCUGUUAGGUGGAAAAUUCCUCGGUCAAUUAAAGACUUUUUCCCCUUUGGCCUCCAGGGGGACACAAGUAAUAAAGUAUCAAGAAUAAAAACUCUCAAACAGCCAAAGAGGCAACUUUUUCCCAAAGUUUCAAUUUUGUAAAGUUAAAAGGCAAAAAGAUACAUUGUCCAUUUAGAGUGCUAACAAAGUGUCCAAUCUUUCCAAAACCUGGCAGUCUGUCCCCAGGGAUUGAGAGGUGGUCUUUUAUUUCCUUAUUUGCUCUUUAGAUUACUCAGAAAUAACAGGGGGUAACAAGAAAUACUGUCUCUUCUUCCCCCCCUAGUCCAAUUAUGGGAGGGAGAAUUUUAAAUCAGAAGUCUGUGUUUCAGUCUCUUUUGGCAGUCAUUGGUAUCGAACUCACACAGUCUUUGCUUUAUUCUUUGUACAGACCGGGAGGUGGACUUCCUUUUUACACCAUUCCCGCUUCAGCCAAAUUAGUUCAAAAAUUUUUGUUAAUCCUUGUAGCGUGAAACCUACUCACGGGUUGUAGUUUUGACAGCCGAAUUGUCAAGGAAGAAAGGUCAGCGCUCUCCAGCAACAGCUGCACGGCUUCACUCCGCGAAAGUAGCAGACGACUCACAGUGCCGCGCCGCCCCCGUCCUGCUUCGGAGCCCCUUACGGGGUUCCUACGCUGUUUAGGGGCGCGCUCCAGGCACCCGCCGAGUCCCACGACCGCAGGCUUCCUCCGCCUGCGGGUUUCAGAAGGGUCUCCGCUUUUUCGCAGCUUUUUAAAAGCAUGCAGGAAAAACAUGCAUUUAAAUUGUACACAGUUUCCUUAAAGUGCACACUUUGUAUGCAUUCUUUCCAUAAAGUAAUGCAUUUUGUGGGCUUUGUCAUUGCACUUCCCCCUAAAAUAUGUAUUUCCAAUAAAAUACUAAUUUUUGGAUGCAUUUUUUUGAUCCCCAAACUAAUUUUUUUGCAUCGCAAAAUUUGGUGAAAUACUGAUCUGAUUGAUAGCUGUGCUCCAAUCCACUUAUAAGUCUGGAGCAAUUGAAUUGGUCAGUUUGCGUCAACCAGAUUUGCCCUCCAUCCUUAUUUGAAACCAGGCGCUUAUUCCCAGGAAAGAAUGUAUAGGAUUGCAACCUUAGAAAGUAUGUGCACAGCCAGCGCUCAUGUAAGUUCAUAUACACACUGCCCAGAGGCUUAGGAUCUUUUGCUUGAGUUACGCCACGCCCUGGUUAUGGAUGUGUGUUAACCCUUAACCUCAUGUCCACAAGAAGCUCUCUCACAAAGAAAUGAAGAAAGCUCGGUUUAUUAUAUAAAACAGAGGAGUAGCAGAAAAUAUAUAAAAAUGCUUCUUUAGGCAGCAGAGUUACAGCCUAAACAGGUAGCAAAAUACAUACAUACCUUAAAGAGUAAAAGAUUCCAGGACUGGAUACCUUUUUAUUAGUAUUUAAACAACUAUUAUAGCAAGAUGAAAACACAAGCAGGAUUUGAAAUAUGAGCAUCAGCCUUAAUUAUUAAGAUAAAUACAGUAGAUUAAAAUGGAUGUAUUGAAUAGUAUAUGUGAAAUAUGCAGUAUCUAAGGGUAAAUAUUGCAACCAUGGAAGGGAGGGUGGGAAGUUCACAGAUAAAGUAAUAUAUGGUCUUUUUUGUUUAGUUUGGGAUUUUGUGUGUGAAAAAUCAAUAAAUAAGAUUUACCCAAAAUAAGAAUAAUAAAGAGUAAAAGAUUCCCAAACUAUUCUAAGAAGCCUACAGAUGCACGGGCAGGACAAUUUUGUCAUAAACCCACACUAGAAAGGGGGGGGAGUUUACCUGUCCUUAAGGUGAAGCAGACAGGUGCUGAGUCCUGGGAGCGCUGGGCAAGUUCUGUCCUGUUGAAGGCAUGAGAGCUAGCUAACCUUUGAAUCGUUUUGCCAGGCAGGCCAGUGGAAAGGGGAGGGGGCUGUGGACUGAGGGAUUCCUACAAUUUCCAUAAUGCCUUUCAGAAUACGUAGUAAGAAAUGGUUAAAACUGGCCAUUGUGUUUGUUUAACCAAAGGCUGAAAGACAGCGAGCCGUUUUCUGAACCUGGGCAUCCCUGCUACCUGCCCUCAAAUCACACAACCAUUGAGGACCAUUGAGGAGUAUCCUGUACUUGACAAAUAAAUUUGUAUGUGUUAACCUUUAAGUCGUACCUUGUGAACUCAGGAUAUUCCUGAAUGCUUUUCAGCAAGUGGCUGGAAUCAGGCUUGAUUCAUGAUUACUGGAGUUCAUCAGAGAGUCUCUCGUGUCAUAUGAGAGUCCUGUCAAUCUUAUAUUUAUGCCACGAUCUACUGAGAUACACCAUAUCAUAAGUUCAGGUUCACACACACCUCCUCGCAAUGGGAAGUGAGUUUUCUGAAAUUGCCUUCGCUGAGAGAUCCUGGUGCAUGCUGGCUUGUGCCUUACCUUUGCUGCAGGCCUGCCACUAGCGAGGAAGAGCAGGAGACGCUCCGGGGGAAAAGGGCGCGUGUGGUGCAGAUGCAGCGGAUCUGGGCUGGACAAGGGCCCUCGCAGAAACUGGGAGACCUCAUGGUCAUGCUAGGUACGCUCUUCUGCUCUCCAUUUAUCUUUCCGUAUUUUUUAAUUGUGCGUUGGUUUUGGCUGAAUUCCUCACACGAUGCUGCCCUUCUAUUCCAGGAGCUGUGGGCGCCUGUGAGUAUGCUGGGUGCACGCCUAAGUUCUGUGAGGCAAACGGCCUGCGCUACAAAGCCAUGGUGGAAAUCAGGCGCUUGCGUGGGCAGCUAACAACUGCAGGUAAGACCCCUGGGAGCCAGCUGUUGUUUUCUGCCUCUACGGAAUAAGCCACAUUUGUCCUUUGUUGGGGGGACGCCAAAGAAUCAGCUCUGGUCUUCCUUCCUUCCUUUUUUCUUUUCUUAACAUUUAAUAAUUUUAUUAUGCUGUUUUACAAUCAAAAACAUGCAUGAAAACACAGGAUUUUGGGAUGUCCCGUUCUUGAAAGGACUUCCACUUCCCUUCUCCAUGUCUCCUUCCUGUUUCCCCGCGUCUGCUAUGGAGAGUUGGGGAAAAGCCCAGCAGAGAUUCCGUGGGCACUCAGGUGUAACAGAGGCAGGGGAAGGUCCAUUGUGCAAAUAGGAAGAGUUUGUGGGAUAGAACCCUUUUUUCUUUCUCCCUAAUAUAACACUGUAUAUAUCUUAAGCAUGAUAAGCACAGUCGUACCUUGGAUCCCGUACGCCUUGUGACUCGAACGUUUUGGCUCCUGAACGCCGCAAACACGCAAGUGAGUGUUCUGGUUUGCAAACAUUUUUUGGAAGUCAGACGUCUUCCACAGCUUCCAAUUGAGUGCAGGAAGCUGUUGGGGCCUAAUGUCCAGAAAAAUACUUCUUGAAAUAUUGCUUUCCUUUCACUCAUUUUCCUUGCAUUCCUUGUUUGCGAUGUUCAAACUGAGCCAAAAUGUUUUGUGGCACCUUAAAAAGACUCACUAAUUGAUUGUGACACUUAUUUACUCCACAUGUGCCCAUCCAAUUGGCAGAAUAGUCACUACUGCAGGUGCCACAUAAUAACUUUUCCACAUUUGUAAUAAUUUGAUCGUGUGGCAGCCCCUUCACUUUGCAACUCCCUGCCUAUUGAGACCAGGCAGGUGCCUUCAUUGUAUUUUUGGCACCUGCUUAAAACAUUAUUGUUUAGACAAGCCUUCCCAGAUGCUUAGAAAGUUGAGGUAAUUUUAAUCUGUUUUAGUAUUUAUACUUUAGGAUGUUUUAAAGUAUGGUUGUGGUUUUUUAUUUUUGUUUUACUGUUUUAUCUCUUGUAAAUCUCUUUGAGUGUUUUUUAAAUAAUCAAGCGGUGUAUACAUUUUGUGAAGUAAAUAUAUUUUCCCCAUGGGAUGUCUCCUCCCCUGAGAGCCUCUUCCAAAUUUGAAAACAGGUCUUGCUUCAGUGCUGGGUUUCUGCAUAAGCUGUUGUGAACUAAUGUUGCUUUUCCUUCAGUUGUCUUUUGCUUUUGCCCAUUUGUUGUUUUUCUGAGUUUUGUACAGAGGCUGCUCCUCAGUCACAACCUAGGCCAUGUUAACUCAGCCUGGCCUCCUUCAGUUUUCCAAGAUUCUCCUGAUUUUUGACCUGUUUCUUCCCUUUGCUGCAAGUGAAUUCAGUCUGCUCGGACACCGGCUUCUUUGUCGAUCCCAAAAUGAAGCCCCCGUCAGAAGCACAGGUGACUUUCUUGAGGCAGAUAGUCUUGGCAGGCCUGGGAGACCACGUUGCCCGGAAGAUCCAAGCUGAGGAGCUCCUAGAUGAGAAGUGGAAAAAUGGUUACAAAGUACGUGCAGCUCAGUUUAUUCCCUUUGGAUCAUUUAUGGCAAGAAUUGGGAACCCUUUUUGGUCUGAGGGCCACAGGCCAGUGGUGGUCAGUGGUCAGUUCUUCUCCUGACCAAGCACCUCAGACUGUGUCUCUGUCUUGGUGGCUUUCCUCUGAUGUGAAGUUCUUUUUAUUAUUGAUCUGCUUUUACUAUUGUCUUCAACCAUAUUUUAGUAAUUUUGGGUGGACUGCCUUUUUCAUUAAUCACCCGUCUCCUGGUAAUUUAUUUGCGAGGAGCGUUUUGUAACUGUAUUUCUCUUUAAAUGCCUUGAAAGAGUUUAAUCUCAAAGGUGCCCUGUAGGUAUUUUACAUAUGUUACUUUUGUAAUUUAAGGAUUUCAGAGUGCUGCCGGGGUGUGUGUGUGUGGUUUGAGGUGGCAGGCGAUAGCAAAAGCUAUCCCCCCUGCUGUUCUUUUGGGUUGGACUAGACGACUCCCUGGUUCCUCCCAGCUGUACAGUUCUGCGAUUGCUGAGCCCCAUAGUUGUCCCUGUCAGAGGGUAGAGCACUUUGUGCCCCUGAAGGUACCCCAUAACUGUUGGUGGAGUAAGAGUCAACAGCUAAUCCAGUCAGCUUUGUAUGUUGAAUUGGCAAGGGAUUCUACUUUUGUGGCUUUUUUUUGCUAAAGCCCAAAGGUUUGCCCCUUUAGAACCAAGUACAAAAUAGUGCUUGAUUUGAUAAGAAGCAAGGGCCAAACAGCGACUCGUGCAAAGAUGCAACCAGAGAAGCUGUGCUGUUGCAUUGGCCACAGUUGCUUGAUCUGUCAGUGUCCGGGCAGAAGAACAAAAUGUCUUUUGUUCCAUUAAUGGACCUUGUGCCUUCCUACUUUUGGAACCUUCCUGGUCUCUAAAGUAUUGAGUUUGUUUUUAUUUGAUUUGCUUUCUUCCUUCUCCACACACUGCCAUCUCUUGCUGCACCUCGCCAACCCAGACUCCUCUUCUGGACGAUCCAGUCUUCAUCCACCCCAAUUCCGUCCUCUUCAAGCAGCUCCCUGAGUUUGUGGUGUAUCAGGAGAUUGUUGAAACCACCAAAAUGUACAUGAAAGGUGAAAUCAGCUCCUUUCCCCUUCCUCUCCUCUUGAGAAUAAUCCUAAAGAAUCAACCCAAAUGCUCCUUUAUCCCAGCAACCUCUUUGCCUCAGUAUCCAGCCAGAUGCCUCUGCCAGAAAGCUCCCUGCUGUUAACUGCCUGGCAACUUGUUCUGGAGAUAGACUGCCUCUGAAACAGAGGUUUUAGUUACCUAUCAUGGCUCAAUAGUCAUUGAUAGGUUCCUCCUCCUCCUGGAGUUGCUCUAAUGCAGCUGUGGGAAGCAUCUGGCCCUCCAGAUGUCACUAAACUACAGUUCCCAUCAUCCCUGACCAUUGGCCAUGCUUCCUGGUGCCUAUGGGAGUUGUAGUUCAAGCAACAUCUGGAAGGCCAAAGGAUUCCCAUCACCUUACUUGUGUGUCACAUAGCAUGCCUACAGAAAUGAGCAGUUUAGGGUGGGCUGUGAGAGCUUUGCAGUGGCUUAAAUGCACUGACGAUUAUUUUUCCUUUUAAAGUUGAGAUUGUAUGAAGUACAACUUAGUGGCUUUUAUGCAGUGUCCCUACAGACUCUUAGAGGAGCCUUAGAAGUUUUGUCAUCGGCUCUUCAAUAAGAGAGAUCAGUGGGAGCAGACAAGUGGCACACAAGAAUAGUACACAUGCCCUUACCAGUAGUCCCAGCACAUGGCUGUGAGAGAGUGCUCACAGGCCUGGACUCAGCACUUUACAGCUUUAGGCAACAGCCAGGGACCUACUGCAUUUUAUUAUUGUGUUUCUCUAACAGCAAGGUUUUAAACUGUAUUUUAAAUUGUGGUAACCUGCUUGGGACCUUAGGAUAUUACCUUAGGGCAGGUAAUAAAUGGGAUAGGGGCUAAGCAAUAAUAAUGUGGGGAGCCCUACACCAGGCGGCUGGCUCUGAGAUACUGCCAUUUUAAAUUUCCCACAAUGCCCUGGGGUGUUUGGCGUUUCUCCAGGGCAUUGUGGGAAACGUUAACAGCAGCUUCCUGGACCACCUACCAUUGUUGCCAGGUAAACCUGCAGCACUUAAAAAGGCAGUUCAGUAAAAGCCACUCUUGAGGUCCUCACGGCUCCCCAGAACCGUCUUUAACUGGUCAUUUUUGCUCUCCUUAAGGUGUCUCAGCCAUUGAACCAGAAUGGAUCCCGCUCCUUUUGCCUCCAUACUGCCACUUCGAAAAACCUCUGGAAAGCCCUCCUCCUUUUUACUGCCCUGAAACGGGUAGGGUUCGAUGCCACAGACCAAGUGUCUUCUGUAAGUUUCUCAGGAGCAGCUUGGCUUUUAUGGGAAGCGGAUUUGUUACUAAAUCCACAUUAGGAGAAUACUGUCAUCAUGGCAACCGCAAUAUCACAAGCUUUUGCAUUCUCCAGGAGUCUUUGGGGUUGCAGCCAGCGUUAAUCCUACUCAGAGGAAACCUACUGAAAAUAAUGGACAUGGCAUAACUUAGGUUUGGUAUUUCAGUGUAUCUACUCUUGAGUAAAACUUAGUUGCAUACAAUCCGUUCUCAGGGUAGGUCAGGGAUAGCCAGUGUGCUGCUCCGGCUCCCAUCGGCCGCAUCCAGCAUUGACAGGGGUUGGGGAUGAUGGGGUUGGUCCAACAGCAUCUGGAGGGCGCCAGGUCAAAAAAGGCAGGUCUAGGAAAUGGCUCACAUUCCCAUCAGGGCUUCUUAAUAUGAAAGCCCCAGAGUCUACAUCAUGUCACAGUCUUCAGGCAUAAGGGGGUGGGGAGCAGGGAUAGGAUAGCAGACAUUCAGGGGGGACUUGUGUAAGGAUCGGGUUGGGAACAAGAAGCAAAAUAAUACCUGAGCCCCCAUCUGUGAAAACACAGAAUUGGCUGGCACUCACCAGGUUUAUUGCUGUUGCACAAAAAGCACCUGCGCUACAAAGGUUUUGCUAACAAUAUACACUUGAAAUAGAAGUUCUGCUAUGAGGAUUCCCACUUAGGUAUUUCUAGCUGCCAUUCAUGUCCUUCAAACCUCGCCCAUGUGUAGGAGGGGAUGAGUGCCAGGGCUGGCCCACCCAGGAGCAGCAGCCUCAAACAGCAAGCUCCACAGGGGCAGCAGGUCCAGCCUCCAAGGAAGGCAGCCGCCACAGCUGCAGUGUGCUCCUUGGAGGCCGGAGCUGCCUCUGCCUCAGCAGCCCCACCCCCUGCUUCCUCUAGAACAGCCUCUUGGCAAAUAGCAGGCGCUGCUGGUCUCCCCCCUUUCUCCUCACCUGCCUAGCAUGAUUCAAAGCAGGGUCCUUCCCUGCAAUGCUCUUUGAUUCCCACUUCAGCCAUCAGGUAGGGUUGGUUUGAUUGCUCCCCUUGUAAAUCUUCACUCUGCCCUUGUUUCCUGGCAGUGGUGCAAGGGGGGCAUUUUGUGGUUUUCCUUAGGCUGGCCCUGCACACAAACGAGCCAGCUUGCAAUCUGGAGACUUCACCGCCCUUCUCCUUCCCUCCCGCCUACUCAGCCUUCUGCUGAGAGAAGCAAAAUGAAGAGGAUGAGUGUGGAUUAGUGCCUUAACAAAGUCUUGUAACCUCUCUGCAGAUCGGGUAGGCUGGCAGCUUCCUGCUGUAGAAGUGGAUUACCCAGAAGGCCUUGAGUGCUACAAAUAUUUCACCAAGUUCUUAUUGGAAGGGAAGGUAAGAAAUUUUUCUCCACCUAAUUCCUUGUGUUUAUAUAUCUAUGUAUAUUACAGUAUUUUCAUUGCUGUUGUUAGGAUUCUUAAUGUAUAGAUUUUGUUAGUUAAACAACUCCUUGCUUGGAGAACACCAUUAGCUGAAAUGUAUUCAGACUGAGACUUGGCAUAAAAUAAGAAAACUUAUGUUUAUUAAAGGAAGUGCAUUACUGAUAGGAAGCAAUUAUAUAGUCCUAGCUAGGUUUCUCCAACUUAGUUGGAGAAACAAAGAGGCCAUGCUUGCCUCUUUGCUCUCAGAAGACAGAUCCAAGAUGACCUCCCACCUCCCAGAGUGAGAGGAAGAGCAAGUGCAGGAACUUGUAAACAGGAUGCAGCCUAAGACUAUCAGUCUAAACAUCAGAGAGAUAAUGAGCAGUCAGCAUAGUGAUGAAGGUAUAGGGGUAGUUUGGGGAGCUGGAGAUCCCUACCUCUGUCUGUCUUAACCCACACAAUCCCCCCUGGGUGCUGAGUUGCACCUAAAUGUCCAGUGAGGAUUUUGCAAGACAUCCUGCGAAUUAUAUUGAAGGGUGGGCUGUGAGUACCUGAAAUGAAACAAUGAAUUCUAAUGCUCAUUUUCAACAAGCAAAUUAAUCAGAGCAUCAGUGUUUUACAGCUCAUUGCCUUAAGGUUCCUUGAAACGCAUGGUGGCUCUAAAAUUUAAUAUAAAGCUUGUUCCUUCUUUUAGGUUGUUAAAAAACUGGCUGCCUACAGCUGCUGCUUGUUGUCCAGUCCAGUGACAAUGCUGAAAACGUGGUCCAAGUAAGUUGUUGUUUUCUGUACUGCUUUAUAUUUUUCAGGAAAAAACCACCUCAUUAAAGCAUUCAAUAAAACAAUCCAGAAUAAAGCAUUAUUGAAGAAAGUCAAAUAAAAAGUAUACAUUCAAAGCAACAUAAUUAACACAGGACUUGGUUUGCCGCAAGGGGAAAAGGAAGCCGGUGUUUCUACCACAGCGAACCAGCUGCUGUUUUUGGGUGUCAGAAAAGGUUAUUUAACUGCAGCCCAUGUUUUGCGAGCCCAAAAAUCGAAAGUGAGCAAGGUCCCAGCUAAAGAGGAUUGGCAACUUAGGCUGACGGAAUAUGCAGAACUUGCAGACUUAACACAUAGAAUAAGAGAGCAAGAAGAACACAUAUUAAAGAAGAGUGGAAAACAUUUAUUGAACGUAUGGAAAAUAGCUAUACUAUUGUUUGCUUUGCUGGGCCCGUUAGCCCCCCCCCCGCCCCCGUGCAGGAACACGCUGGCUUAGCAGCCCCCAGCAGGACUGAUUGCUGCUCUUUGCAGUGCGACCGGGUGGAGAGAGCGAAGGCGACACAGCAUCUCCUUCCCUGCCCCCUCCCAACCAGACAGGAUUUAAAAAACCCUAGUUAAACAUUUCCCACCCCAGUCGAUUUGGGGCUGGAUCUGCGUAAGGAAUUCCUGAAGUCAACUCAGAUGGGCGGGGGGGGGGAGGGAGGGGCGUACACAGCCAUAGAAACUAACAAAUUGCAUUACCUGUUUAUAGAACUCAGUAUUUUUUGGUUUCUUAGAAUAACUGAACAAUGCUGGGUACUUUCAUAUAGUCUUCAAUGUAUUUCUCUGUCAGUUCACUGUGCAUUUGGACACCUCUUAAGAUAAUGCAAUCUAAUUUUGCAUGAUAGUUCCCAAGGUCAAGGUGCAGAUUAUCAUCUGUUUGGCUACAGUUAGACAUUAUUUUGAAUCAAGAGAGCAGACUGGACCUUUCAGAACUGCACUGAUUUAAACCGCACUGUUUUGGGGGGAAGGCAGGUUGCUCCUGGAGCAACAGGGCACAUGAGGCUGAGCAAUAAAUAAAAAUCCAGAUUUCUUCUGGGACCAUAUUUUAUCUGAGCGGGGGGAGAGUUUUACUGAGAACUGAGCCAUUUGAGUUCCUUCAGAAUUUUGAGCAUACGUUUAAUCCAUGUGCUGAUUUUUGCCUGUCUGCUUUGGGAAUCCCUGCAGGCUGCAACCAAGGACAGAGUCGCUGCUGCAAGCUCUUGUCUCUGAAAAUGUGGAUAACAGGGAUGCUUUACUUGCUGCCUGGAAGAAGAACCCAAAAUGUAAGCUGUUCAGAUGUAUGAGGAGCACACUUCGCCAUUCUUGUGGAUCUAUUUUAACUUUAUUUUUGAGCCACAUCAACCUUCUACCCAAACUGUGUGUGAGUGUGUGAGUGAGAUGAUUUGUUGGGUUCUCCCUUGGAAGUAUAUUGCAACAUCCUGGGGCUCUAGCCCCAGGAAUGUAGACCUGUGGUCCUGCAGAUGUGCUGGAACUAUGCCUGACCAUUGGCCCAUGCUGGCUAGGGCUUCUGGGAGUUGUAGGCCAACAGCAACUGGUUCCCCCUUUGCUGCUUGCAAACAAAGAAUCCAAAACUAUUUCCUCCCAAAUAUUUCUGUGUCCAGGGUUAGAAUUUCUAAAGCAACUUUUAAGAACGGCUCAUGGAGGUAGGUCACCCACUGUACUCUGCUAUGGUUUUUGGAGUCCGGGUGACGUCGCAGUAGCAAUCAGUUACUUGUGGUUUUGAAGAUGAGCACAGGAAUUUGUUACCUGUCUGCCUGGAGCAGGUCUUCAUAGUUUAUAUGCGCCAGUAGGGAUCAUUGCUAGAUAUGCCACCAUACUAGACGAUGGGGGCAGAGACUUGGUGUUUGGCCCUGGCAUGACCUAACUGUGACUAUGCAGCCGGCAGCAUUGUUAUGUCUGCCGCACACCAGUUGGAUUUUGCAGAGUACAGUACAAUUUGCUCUGUGGCUUCAGGUUUUUUUUAAUGAUUUAUUUAUAAUAUUUGUUAGCCCCCACUCACUCCUUCCAUCAGAACAUUCCAAAUUGGUUUAUAGAAGUGUGUAAAACAGAAUAAUCUGCACAACAACACUCAGACACCUAUGAAGCAUCAUCUGUUAGUUGCUUCAGGUGUCAUGUGAAGACUUACCUCUUCUUGCCCAGACUUCCCUUGACCCAUAAGAUUUCACUCUGUUUCUGAAAUUCUGUUUUUUAAGUGUUCACUCUUGAUGGUUCCCCCCUGCCCUUCUCUUUUUAAAGAUUUGUUGUCAGAAUAUUGCCAGUGGAUCCCGGAAGUUACACACCAACGGGUAUCUAAAAUCUGGCCACCCUUGCCACCAUGAUCUUUCAUGCAAGCUCCUACCAUCCACCCCGUCCUGGAACCAGCGCCGGCUGUGAAAACACAAGGAAAAUCGAUGUCUGUAUUUGAAUGGAAAGAGAGAGUUCAUGCUCAAGGAGCAGGAAGCAGGAUGGGUUCCCUCCUAAGGAGCACCCCACCCAUGAUCCAUGCAGGCCCACUGCAUUUUGGACUCCCACAUGCAAAAGAUUUGGGGUUGGAUUGACUGUGAAGCUGUCAUGGGUGGGUGUGUUUGUAACAGGAAUUACCAACUUAUGUUGGCCCAUAGGCACAUUUUGGAGGCAGUGCUACCCCCUCCAGUCACUUCUCUCCUCACCACCUGCUUAGCUCUUGUCAGGUUGCCUUUCCCUGUCCCUUCAGGAAGCUAGUGGUCGGGGAUUGUGGGAAUCAGAUAUCCAGAUGUUUCUGGGCUUGUAACUCCCAUCAUCCUUGACUGCUGGUCAUCCUGGCUGGGGUGGAUGGGAGCUGAGCAUCCAACAGCUUUAUGCCAUAAACCACCCUUUGGAGGAAGGAUCUUUGGAUGAAGGAUGGUAUAGAAAUUUAAUAUAUAGCAACAACCACCACCAUCCUGGGUAGCUCAUUUGGUUAGAGGGUUGGUGGUGCAGAUAAUGCCAAGGUCUCAGGUUUGCUCCCCAUAUGGGACAGAGACAUACUCCUGCGUUGCAGCGGGUUGGACUAGAUGAUCCUUAAGGUCCUUUCCAACUUCACAAUUCUAUGAUUCCAUGACUCAUUUCUGGAAAACUGCUGAGCCACCAUUACUGUGCCUUAUUUCUGUUGAACCCACUGUCAUGGGAGCUUUGUAUGUAUAUGUGUUAUAUAUAUAUAUAUAUGCCCUGUGUUUGUAAAAAAAUAACAAUUGUGCAAUAGUGAUAUCAAUGAAUUUUUCUGGAGAAA